UUAAUUUAACUUCAUACUUCUGCUGAAGUUGAAUGAUUAUUACUAAACUAGUACCUAAAUUUUGAUGAACAUUGAACAAUAUCUAUUCUCACAAGAAACUUGCCUUAACUUCAAUUUGAGUAAGUCACAGAGAUCUGAGCAAAAUGCUAGCUCUUGUGAGUUCCACUAUCAGCUUCAGAGCAAGCAGUGGCUGCAAUCAUUUGCUCAAAGAGCUUCAGCAAAUAUGGAAUGACAUUGGUGAGAGCGCGGCAGACCAAGACCGCAUGUUGUUGGAGUUGGAAAGGGAAUGCUUAGAAGUUUACAGGAGGAAGGUUGAUGAAGCUGCCAAUACCAAGGCACGCCUUCAUCAGUCCGUUGCAGCAAAAGAAGCUGAGCUCGCCAUUCUCAUGGCUACUCUGGGGGAACUCAAUAUUGAUUCACCGAUACGGAGAGAAAAGAGAUCAAGUUCUUUAAAAGAGAAACUCGCAUCUGUUGCACCACUGCUAGACAAUCUAAAAAUGAAGAAAGAGGCACGAAUGAAGCAAUUUUCAGAUAUAAGGACACAAAUUGAGAAGAUCAGCGAGGAAAUAUCUGGUUACGAUCAUCUCAACAGUUCUUUGAUCAGUUCAUUAACCCUUGAUGAACAUGACUUGUCAUCGAGGAAGCUAACUGAAUAUCAAGCGCAUCUGCACACCCUUCAAAAGGAGAAGGUGAGUAUAUUAUGAUACGAGCUCACACUGCAAGUUAACUUGGUGAUUCUUUGAUUAUAAUUUGAGUUGUGAGGUCCUGGAUAAAUGGUUGCAACUGCUGUUCUACAUCUGUGUAAAUGAAAUAUAGUCAUCUUGCUAAAGUGGGAGAAUUUAGAUAAAAUCUUUAUCUAAAUUGUGCAAAUGAGUCGAUUGAUGCCCAAAAAGUGUUUGGUUAUGCUCUUUACAAAGAUGGGAAGGAUACAACACUGUCU